AUGGCUGACGACGACUUCGACGACUUUUCCGACGAUGACCUCGACGACCUCCCCGCCGACGCCCUGCAGCAUCUCGAGGCGAGCGCCAUCCGCGCGACACAGCACCAGCCCGACACGGAGCCAGAGUCCGACUACGGCCCCGACGAUGGCGACGAGGUAGUCAAUCUGGACGAUGCGCACAGUCCGCCGCCUCUAUAUGCGCUGGACGAGGAGGGCUACGAUAGUCACAUCGAUGACAACAUCAACGAUAUUAUCGAACAUUGCCACUAUGACCAGAUGGAAGUGGAAGAGCAGCCACGCAGGUCUCAGGCUGACCCCAAUGCGCUGCUCCAACGCAUCAAGAAGUUAGAGCAAGACAAGGCGCGCGAGAAGCGAGAAGCCGAGGAGCUGAAGGGGAAGCUGCAGACCAAGGCGGGCGAGGCCGAUACCCUUCGAAGGCGCUACGAUGCCGAAAACCGCAAACACGAGCGCCAGCUGGCGGACCAGCAGCAGUCGCACAGCACCGAACUGGCCAAGCUGCGUGCCGAGAUGGACAAGCUGCGGCGCGAGAAGGAGUCGGUGCAGACGGACAACAUGUUCAACCAGCACGAGGCGCGAGAGUCUGUCAUGGCCCGACGGCCUGGCAGGACCAUGCCCUCACGACCCAAGUCAGGUGCGCAGGCAAUCAGUCCAGCCGGUACACCUAAGAGGGGGCAGAAGACGAGAGGUGCACUGGGCGAUGGUUUUGAUGACGACGACGUUGUCAUGGCAUCACCGUCAAAGUACCGCGAGAGGCAGAAGACGGCGACGCCAAAGCAAGCCGGCAAGCGGAAGCGGCAGGCUAUCGACCAGAGCCCCAUACAACUGCCUGCGCUGCAGCUGAGCGAACCGCGAACUCGGCCAAGAGAGACAGAGCCAGCACCAGCCGUGGGUCCUAUCAUAGACGCCGCACUGCUCGAGCACUUUCGACGCGACGACCGCCGAUUUACCCUCCUGCACCGCCUGCUGUCACAUCCAUCGUCAAACGGCACAGAUCGGGUCCUCGAAGCACUCACGUCGCAUGCAUUUCCGUCCAAGCCAUCCAAGAAACUAUCUUCGAUCGUGUAUGAUGCUCUGGCGAAGAUAAAUACGUCUGAUGUGCACGAGCUAGCACUGCAGAUAUGUCACAUCUUCCUGGACCUGUGGAAGCGGUGUCAGUCCGAGAAGUACUACGCUCCGACAUCUCUAAUACUCGAUGCACUGCACUUCGUCCUCGCAUGUGAGCCCAUCGAGACCGCCGUCAAGAUCACCGAGCGCGCAGUACCGCUUAUAAUCGCUUUUGUUGAUCUCGUGGCGGACCCCAUUUCUAAAGCAGCUAAAGGGGGUGAGAAGGCCGUUGCCGAUCUCUACUCCCCGAAGCAGCAAGAGAUUGCAUCUCACAUCGAUGUUGAAGACUGUCUCGAGUUGCUGUACCUGAUCGCGAGCAGCUGCGUGUCCUCAGUAGAUUCCACUGCAAUAGCUCGUCUAUGGCAAGCGAUUCCUUCAAGCUUCGCCAUCAUGCUCCUCGUCAAAGAGCAGCCACAUGCCCAAAUUACGCUCAUGUUGCGCAUACUUGGCACCUCUGCACUGUCCACCUCAAUAGGACCCAUCACAUUCGCAGAUUCCGCCCAAGACAACCAAGCGAGUAACGAAGACGCCCUGGUCCAUCGUCUCACCAACCUCUUCACCGAGCUGCCAAAGCCAGUCCCAGAUCCUUUGGCGUCUUCCGAUGAAGAUUUAGCUAUCUCCGAAGCAGAUCUCUGGGACCUUCGCCUGCUUGUCAUCUCGGUCCUGACGCAGUUCUCCAUCCCAGAAUACGGCUCUAGUCGUCUAGCUCAGAACGGCCUCUGCAUUGGUCGACUGAUCAAGUACCUUGACCAUUGUGUCACAAGCCUGUAUCGACAUCCCAUCUCACCGACUCAAGAGCGAAAGGUCGAUUCCAUCAAUGCGACUAUGAAGCUGAUUUAUCACGUCGCGACGACGAAUGCCGAUUUUGACAUCAAGAGCAAGUUGGUGAAUACGCUAGGUGGUCAUCAUGCCUAUCUCGUUGCACUGACGCGGUUGGCAUUCAGUGAGGGCUUAGUGCUAGAAGCGGGGAUCGAAGAUGAAGUCGUCAACAUGGCGCAUGACAUUCUAGACGAGGGACUGAGUAUGGAAGAGGGAGAUGCUUUCGGCAAGGUGUUCAGCAGUGGAAGCACUGUCUAG